ACGAAAAAAGGUCUCUUCCCAUACUUCAUUUUAUUCAAAUCAUAAGAUAAAGCCACACAUACUACGUUAUUGAAUUGCUAUAAGAAAGAGUUGCAGUAUGUACGAUACAGCCAAUCAAUCAUAUGCAACGGUGAUCUUCGUCCGUUUUUUCUUCACGUCGAACGAAGUACGUUUCAACCAAUGAUGCCGAGGCAAUAGUUCAGACGUACGUAGGGUAUGACUGGUGGGCUUUGCCUAUUAGUUAUGGAGUUGAAGAUUGAAGCGUUUCAUUCCUACAUUUUGAGUCAGAUGCAAAAAGUUAAACAAGAGAGGCGUUUCGCUAGUUACCGGCAGAGGUGAGUUUCGACUUCUGGGAGGACAUUAUUUUAAAAUGUUACACAAAUAUCGUUUACGUGAUAUUGGUGAGCAAUGUGAAGAAAGUCUACUUAAUAUAUUUGAACUUAUCUAUUUGUUGAGGCUGGGCGGCUUUGAUGAAAAAUAAUGAUAGGCUGAUUGUAUUCCUCACCGGUGAAUUAAUCAUGAAACAACGCACUCUGGUAUUCCGAAAGGCGUUGUUAAUUCCACGCAUAGUAACGGCUACUCCGCCAUAACAUGCAAGUCGCCCUCAUCACAUUUCUCUGUGGAUGGAUUUAUUUUUAGAACAGCUGCUACUGAACUCCUCGCUGCAGCGAAAAUGUACGUCAUAAAUGAGAAACGGUCACGAUUGGUUGCGACGCAAAUACAUAUUCAUCCGCUGGCUUACAACAAUCGUGUUUACGCCUGUGUGUUUUCACCGUGAAAUCAGCUGUUUUGUACUAACGAGGAUUGAAGAAAAAGGUGUUUAACACAAUAAUGCAUUUAAUAACUUCGCAACGUCAUAUAAUCUUUUUUCGCGAAUUGACCAAUUCUCUCCAGCGCAAUUCUGAUUCAGGACCCCCCCUCCCAAGGCCUGCACUUGAGAAAACCGUGGUUGCUCACACUCAUUUCUGCAUCCAAAACUUUUAUAUAAUCUUUUGCAAGUUCAACUGUAUUGCAACACUUCGGUUUACGCCCGUUGUCUGUCGCAAAGGCUUACUUUUUGUAACCAUAUCGCAUACGGGGCCAGCUCACAAUAAGGUAUGAAAAUGUUUCGAUAACUUACAUGAGGCUAUGAAAUAAAUCAGCACGUUUCAAAAAAAAUCCAUGGAACGAACUGUCGUGAACCAGAAAAAAGCAGUUGAUGGCGUAACCAAUUUCUCUCGACGACUUCAUCCUCACUUUGGAUAUGGAAUUUGGGCCGUGAAUCUGUUGUAUGUGUCCGUUUUGGGAAGAGAAAUUAAAUCACCAUACCUUGCACAUGGGGUUCAAAGGAACAUUUAUGUCGCAUUUUAGCAAAACUCAUUAUAAGGAAAAUUUUAAUACAGAUUUAAUAGCCUUUUUGCAACUUCACACCUCAAAUGCACUGUCAAAAACCCUUGUCGUGCUGCCGCGCGUAUUGCUCUACUUACAACGGCGGUUGUAUGUUACGCUAUGUGAAACGGCCGCGAAAAGGCGCUCGCCGCCAUCUUGGAUUUUUCGCUUUGGUCACCUUCCUCCAUGAUAAAUACGAAUUUGCUGAGAACUAAUAAUAUAGCAAAAGUGAUGGAUUUAAUGUGGAAUAUUGAGCUCAGUGAUGGAAAAGAUGAUGGACUUCAUAUCUUUCUUUGAGGAUUUUAAUGAAUUAAUAUCCUUGAAGGAUUAUUCUACAUUCGAAGGAAUAAAGUAUUUAUUCUGGUUGUGGAAUAUUUCUGUAAAGUUUGACUACUAUCUGCAGCGAUGGACAAUGAGGACAACUCACAGAGAGAACAAAUUUCACUGUAUGGGCUCUUUGGGGAUUCUUCCACCACAUUGCAAGGUCUGAAUGAUCAUCUGUCCCCAUCAUUGUUGCAGCAGUCUCCACCAUGUGGUAGCACAACCUUUUCUGUCUCUUCAACUUCUGGAAGAUCGAUUGUAACAUCUCCAUUGAAGUUACAGUCGAAUGGAAUUCAACAACAAGUAUUUCUGUCCGACUUGGCAGAUCGUUCUCCAAGUGCAGGUAGUGUUACUGUCGCAUCCUUGUGCAGUCAUGUGUCCUUUGACAAUUUGCGCUGUACGAACUUGGUCAAUAUAAAAGGAAAAAGGCUUUGCAGUCAACAUUUUGGUGCUGAAAUGACUGUAACAACAACUGGAAUGAAUAAACCUUCACUUGGUCAGCCGAUACCUUCAAAUUUGCUCAAACAAACAGUGACAUUUGCAUCACCGAUUAAUGUAUCAAAUGCGAAAUGUGUUAUGAAACCUUUGUCAAUUUUAAAACCAGUUUCUGCAAUUGUUCAGAAGGCUGGAGGAGUAGAUGUUCCAGACAAGGCAGGUUUCGGUGGAUCCAAUAUAACUUCCAAAGAUAAAAUAUCCAAAUACUGUGUUGUUAGGAAAGUUGGACAACAAAUUACAGUUCCCAACAGAAUGCCUGUCAUGAAAAUGUCUGAAGCAAACAAAAUGAAAGCUUUCAAAACGGUUCCGGUAUCUACAACCAAUCUCACCCAGUUUGCUCAAACAAAUGAUCAGAAAUCUCACACUGUUGUCAACUCUCAGCAACCUCUUCAGGCUGUUCGUCUGAAUGUAGUGAAAAACUCAACAUCAAGUAGUGUAUUUCCGUAUUACAAGAAAGUUGAAUCAAGUGCGACGAAGGCACAGACACACAGAGUUAACUCUUUUCCAAAGAGCCCCACUCCUACAAGUAUUGGAAGUAGCAUUACUCAAACUCCAAAUAAGGUGUCAACUCAGUCUGUUGUUGUGGAUGAAAGUACGUUGAAAAAACUUGUUGAUGUGUUGAAUUCUCGCAGUGACAUGUCAACACAGCAACAAAUAUCAUUACUUCGAUCCAUGGGUAUAACGGUCGUCCAGGCUCCAUCCCAUACUAACAAUAUGACCAUGAUGUCUCAAAAAAAACCAUCACCUUCUAUUAACAUUCAAGCAAAGAAGGUUAAUGUAAAGAAGAAGAUUGUGCAUCCUAAUAUGGGAGCAUACGCCUCAUCACUUCAAACUUCUACAUUGAAAGGGACAGGCAGCCCAAUCUUGUUUAAAAUGGGGAAAGUUGCUUCAUCUGUCUCAGCUUCUAAAACAAACUUCAUAUCAAAUAUACAGACAAUUGAUGGAGGAUACACAGUUCAACAACCGAAUUUAGAGAGAGCAAGCAUUUCUGAGGAAUUUAAGGAAAAGAAGACUGCUGGUAAAGUAGCUGUCAAAAGGAAACAGAAGCCUUCCGACAUGAUUCAGUCAAAGAAAAGCAAACCUAUGCCCGCUACAGCUGUGUUAAAGCAACUGAAACCAAACGAUAAACAAAUUACAAACUUGCAGAAAAAAGGAAAAAAUGUUAAGUCACUGAAAAGCAAGAAACAGAAAACAAUACCGACUUCUUCACAAGAUGUUGCUUUACAAAUGUUUCUGUCUUGUAAUAAAUCUAUUGAACUACCGACUGUACCACAUGGUGCUCCUCGUUCACUCUAUAAGCUGGCCAAGUAUAUUAGUGGCUUGACGUUUUUAAAACAUGACUUGUUUCUCACAAACUAUGUAACGACUGAAUCCGGUGUUGAAACAGAUAAAUCUAAGACCUUGAAACACAGACUAUUGAAAAAGCAUGUUAUGAAACGGAAAUUUGUAGCCUCAAGAUCAAAACCAAAAGGUCAUAAGAACGAUUUAAAAAGUUUGCAAGAUACAAAUUUUCUCAAAGCUUAUGCGACUUCACAAACAGUGUUGAAUUCAUACUCGCUCACAAAAUGUACUUCAAGUUUGAAAGCCACUGUGCACCAUGAGAAAUUUUUAGAGGAUUCCAAGAAUGAGAAAGAUUUCCAAUCGGAAUUAGAGGCACUAUCACAAAAUGUUGUUGAGAAUUCCAACAAAGUUGGGGAUCUGACUUGUGAUCCAGAUUUAGCAAUGGAUGAGGAAGAGAAGAUUUGUUAUACAAUUCACACUCAACAAUUGAGAGAUAUAUAUAAGAAAUUAGAAGAACAGUUAUGCAGAGAUAAAAGAGAGCUUGAACUUGUGAUGGAUGCUUACAAAGAUGAUGAAAAUAUGACUGAAAGAUACUUGAAGUCUACUCUGCAAUCUGAUGCUGCUAAUUUAACACAAUCUUCUGCAAUCAAGAAAAGAAAACGAUGCCAUCUUUCUGUUAACAAUGCACUGUGUUGUGAUGCACCUGCUUUACCAUAUGCACUGUAUUGCAAAGAGCACAUAUGGCAUUGUCCGAGCCAAUGUCUGUAUAAAUUAAAUCAGAGCAUGCAACCAACAGCUGAUAUUGUUCCUGAACCUUUGAUAUUGGUUAAAAAAGUAAGAAAACGGACAAAAUUGUUACCAUUGACUAAGAAGCAUAAAAAGAAGAAAAAGAGAAAAAUUGAAGACAAUGAAAGUCACGAGCUUGUUCAGGAUCAAGCACAAAAGCAAAUUUCCUCAUCAAAGGAAAUAAACCAGACUGAUUCUUCACCUUUGAAAGCAUCAUCAGCCAUAGUAACAGACAUGAGAAUUGAAGCCUCAAAACUUUGCGAUAAGGGAUUACUCACUAACAUUGAUGUUUCGGAUUUGGAUGAUACCAAACCAUCCGACACAAGCGAAGAGGAUUUGCAUUAUUUGACUGGUCAUGAAAUAAUGUUAAAUGGAGUUUUCGAUAAAUUACCAGAAGAUCCUCAAGAUUUUGAUUUUUUUACCACUGAUAAGGGUGCUGAAGAAUUAGAACGUGCUUUGCUUCUUGAUGCAAGUUCCCCUACUCCCGAUCACGAAGAUAAUAAGUUCGAAAUACCAGUUGUGUCAGAAUCUACACCAAAACCAACGUGGUCUCCUGUUUCCAAAAGUGGAAGCAAUAAUAACAAAUUGGCGCAAGAAGAUGUACCAGUGGUUGUAUGUGUUGCACCACGAUCUAACAAUACCAACGAACAGCCUCCUCCCAUUGAGGAUUUCAACCAAUCACAAUGUGUACAUUAUACGUUUGGAAGUAGUUCAGUUGCAACUACUAAUAAAAAGACAAACACAGGUGACAAUUUCACUACGGAGGAAGAGUUAACUUCUUCACUCAUUUCUGCCGAGGAGUUGCAGGAUAUUGAAGGAGUACUGGAAAGCCUUCAAAAGGACGCAGAAGACAUCAAUUCUCCCAAACUACCGUCGUCUCCUGCCAUUGAUCAAUACACAAGCAUGCUUGCCAGACAGCUUUCUCAGGAAGUGGAAACUGAAUCUCUGAAGCAAUUUUCAUCUUCUCGACAGUCACCUUCACUUUUUAAUGUUCCCAAAGAUUCAAGUCCGUCCAGUUUGACAAGAACUUACAGCCUUCCUCUAACAAACAAUAAUAACAGACUUCAAUCUGCAACUUUGAGUGGAUCUAUUGCGGAUAAACAGACUUCUGUUCCCAAAACAUCAACAACACGUUAUAUUAGUAACCUCAAUUCGAAUGGUUCGACUGAUACUGGCGAUCUGGUUAAUGGUCAACCAUCCGCUAUCAUUUCCACAGUAUCCCUUGGACUAAAACCACAAAGUACUGCAUCUGGGUCAUCACAACGUUUCACACAAACUUCUUUACAAAAUCUUAAUAUGUCGACUUCUAGUCUGCUUCCUUCACACAUGCAAUCAACUCCUUCAAAAGCUUCUGUUGGAUCUAGACAAGCUGUGACUCAAGUUCGUUUAGACAUGACAUCAAAAUCAUCUUUGAAGACCACUGCUAAUAAGUUGACAAGCACUCCUGAAACUCCUCGUAAACUCGCAAAGAAAAUUCCACGACAAGUAACUCAAACCGUUUUGAGUCCAUCAGGUGGUGGUGUUUUAUCGUCUAGUAAAAAUCCUGCUCCGUCAUCCACUAUAUUGACAAAUCCUGUGUUGCCAGUUACUCUCAUGCAGAGUGCGUCGCAGAAUGGAAACGUCAUCAAAGUCAUUGUUCCACCUGGCACCAUGGUAAACAACAGUGGAGGUCAACAGAAUAUGCUACUUAUACCAGUCAGUGCAUUGAUGAAAUCUAAUAUAGUUUCUGGAAGUCAAAACAUUCCAAUCGCAAACAAUAGUUUGUCAACGAGCCACAAUCCACCAACCUCUGGGUCAUCGGUGAAAACACAACUCUCAAGUUUACAGGCGGGUCAGCAAUUUUUUGUCGUCAACAAUGCGUCGGCAUCGUUGCAGUCACAGAUUGCAUUGGUACACAAAACAAACAAUGCUUCACCAGUUGUAGGACAGCGGGGCUUAGUUCUGAAAACAUCAAACACUGCUGGGGUUCAACAAAACAUUCUAAGCAUGAUAGGUCAGAAGGCUUCCCAAACUUUGUCAAAACCUGUCCCAUGCAAUAUUAAACCUAAUGUCAAUGCUUUCAUGAAGCAAAACAAGGGCAAUCAAUUUGGACAAACAAACAUUGGAAUCCCUUCUGGUGUUACGAUUGAAGCGAAUCGACUCUGUACAUCGUCAGGAUCGUUGAAGGCCGUGCAUCCAACCACGACACCCACAAGUAAAUCUUCAACUUCUCUCCAAGCGAAAGUCGUCAAUUCAACUUUUCUGAAACAAACUCCACCACGAAUGCAGCAUGUACGAAGGAUUCGAAAUACAGUAAAGAAAGUGGCCAAAGCCAAAUUCGAUCCUAUCACUAAGAAAUACGUACAAGGAACAGUGGCGACCACAGACUCGACACCUGUCUCUGCCACAACGACCGAAACAUUAUCGCAAAGCAUGAUGAAAGUGCAGCAAAUUGAUUCGGUUUUGUCUUCACUCAAUUCGUUAAAAUCAACCCCGAGAAUCGCUCAGACAAAUAAUGUUGGAAAUCGUUAUGUAGAUGGCAAUGGGCACUGGUUGACGAAGACUGUCGUUUUUCCCACCACGCAGAUUUCUCAGAAAUUUGUAGCCAGUUCAUCAAAAGUCUCCCAAUCGACAUCUCAAAAACUUUCGGCAACCUUGGCCCAAUCUUCUAAAAAUGCUUUAUUACUGGACAAAGCCAAUAAUAACUUGUCAUCGGUGUCUUCCAAAGUCUUACAAGGGAAUGCUGACAACUCAACGGUAUUUCAAAAUAGAGUAAAAAGUGUUAUAUUAGAGAGUGAAGCCAAUACGUUGAGUGGCUCGAUAUCCAAUGUUCCUAAUGGUGCCAACACCAGCACGUCUGUCAGCAGCGGAACUGUUCAUUGGAACCAAACUACCACUGCUGGCCCACAGAUAGCUCAGACAUUGACACUACCAGUAUAUAUAACCGGUUCACUUAACGCUGGAAAUUGGACAUCAGGCCUGAAUGCCAUUAAUGGAUCAAUUGCUGGAACAACUGUGCCGAUAUUGCUUCCUGCACAAAAAAUUACCCCUGGUUGCCAGAUCCCACAGAGAGUUUUCUUGGGGAACUUGGGAUCUCUUGCCCUACCUGCUUCCAGAAUUCACACAAACUCUUCGAAUUCACAAGUUUCAAGAACUCAAAAUCAAUCUAAUAGUAAUUGCGGAAACCCGAGCAUUAUAAGUUCAUUUACCUCAAAUAACGUUGCAACUACUCUUGAAUCUCUAAACAGAAAUGAUACUAUAAAAACAAAUUCAACAGCAACAAGUGUUACAGCUGUUGUCGGUACUACAAUGUCUGCUAAACAUUCUGUGGAAAACAGUUUGGAGCGUGGAAAUGUAAAAAAAAAUAACAAUGGCUUUAUAAGCAUUUCAAACGCUAAUUCUAAAAUUUUUCAAGCUAUUACGCAAACUGUAAAGUCGAGAAUGGGGAAUUCUAUGGCGGUGUCAAAGUCUGAAAAAGAUUCUUUGUCAACAUCCACCGCUAUCAGUUUUCAAAUACCUGUAACUAAUAUGACAAGAACAGUUAAUUUGUCCACUGCCUCCAAAAUAGAUUCCCCCUUGAUUUUAAAUGGUCAGCGAUCCAAAACAACAGCUUCUGAAAAUGGCAACGUCAAAUUGAUAAAAUCAAAGGUGGAAGGUACCAAAGAGUCCAUAAUCCGAGAAGAAUUACAUAUUAAAAAGAAAAGUGGCCGAAAAGCUAGCCAUGACACAAUACUCCAUGAUCCUUUAAUGUUUGAUCCCACCAUUCUAGAUGCUGAUUCUGACUCUUCUGAAAAUUGAAGUUUUCAAAAUCAUAUUUCAUGAGAUGAUGUAGAGCUCUUCUAUCGUUGUUUUUUUACUAUUCCUCUUCACAUUGAUGUUCAUGUCUAGCGUGAAUGAAACUGCAAUGUUAUUUUUUUCCCAUAAUUUUUAGUAAAUCUACAGCUUUUUUGCUGGCUUAUCCCUUGUGUGCAUAAAUUAUCAUGUUACUAUAUAUAAUAUGCUAGUAAAAUACAUGAAGAUAAUGGCGCAUUUUCUUCCGCUCUAAAACAAGUAUGAAAAUGUUAGUGUUUAUGCCAGAGCCUGGAGAAUAAUGCAAAUAUUAUGGUGCUACUCUCGUGCGACGUGAUCCUAUAUUUUUUUAGUUACUAUUUUGUUCUUAAUGUCAUUUCGUGUCAUGGACUCAAAUAGAAAACAUCGCUCUUGAGUUUCUUUCCAUGUCUGAUAUAUUGAUUAUCAUUAUCAUGAGAAUAAAUGCCGGUGCAAUAUUGGA